AUGAGUUCAAUUGGUACUGGUUACGAUUUGGAUGCCUCUUCAUUUUCACCUGAUGGACGUGUUUUUCAAGUUGAAUAUGCAGCUAAAGCUGUUCAAGCAAGUGUGACUGUUAUUGCUUUAAGUAGUAAAAAGGGAGUUGUUGUUGCUGUUGAUCAACCAAUUCUUUCAAAACUUGAGAUUGAGGGAGCAAAUAGUCGUAUUAUGCGAAUUAAUAAUAAAAUUGGAUUUGUUGGAUCUGGUCUUUUUCCUGACGUUUUUGCUAUUUGUAAUUGGGCUAGAGAAGAGGAUAACAAGAACUACAAAGAAAUUAAUCAACAUAUUUCUGUUAAAAAGCUUGCUGACCUGGUUGCUCAGUAUGUCCAUGUCUAUACACUUGCUACAGACCGUCCUUUUGGAGUUUCAGUUUUUAUAACUUCUUGGGACCAAAAGGAGGGCUCGUCAAUUUAUUGCAUUGAGACAUCUGGGCAAUGCUAUAAAUAUUUUGGAUGGGUUAUUGGAAAAAAUGCAGUGUCAGCAAAAUCAGAAAUUGAAAAAAUUAAAGGAUUGGGGGAAGAUUGCAAAUUGGGCAAACAGGAAUUAAUUAAACAUGCUAUACAUGUUUUGUUGACGACUAGAGAUGAAGGAUCGACUGGACAUCGAAUUGAAAUGGGUUGGAUUGGGGAAGAUUCGAAUAAUGGUUUUGAGCAAAUUGACCAGUCAGAAGUUGUCAAAUUAGAGAAGCAAGUUAGUAAGGAAAUUGAAGAGGAGGACGAUUAG